AUGGCUGAUUCCUGUUCACGGACUUGCUCCUUUUCCGCUUGUGCGUGUAGACACCGGGACAAGGGGAGCGAGUUCUCGCUGCUGGAGAAGCGGCUGUCGGAAGACUCGAGCCGCGGUGUGCGGCUGCAGAAGUGGGCGAGCAUGUGGAGCGGAGACGCGUCGGAGCUGGAGCCGAAACGGCGUGAGGAGAAGGAGGCCGCGGUGGAGAACCCGCUUGUGUUCCUGUGCGCAGGCUGUCGCCGGCCGCUGGGCGACUCGCUUACCUGGGUGGCCAGCCAGGAGGACACCAACUGCAUCCUGUUGAGCAGUGUCUCCUCUAACGUCUCUGUGGAUAAGGAGCAGAGACUGUCCAAGUGCAGAGAUGAAGACGGUUGUCUGCAGGCUUGCCCGCUGCUGGCAGUUCUUCAUGAGACUCCUUCCCAGGCUUCGGUUUCCUUUCAUAACGAUGGAAGUCCUCUCAGGACCGAGAGACAGAUUUUCAUCUCUACAUCCUUCUAUGGAACAUCGAGGAACACGAGAGGCCUCUGUUAA